AACUACCAAACUAGUUUUAUAUAUGCACAAUUCCCUUUUUCUGGAUUAGGGGGUUUUUUAUUGCUCAUAUGCGUCAUCCCCCCAGACGUGCAGUUUUUUGAUGGGAACAAGAAACCUUGCUUCUUUCUUUCUUGUGAAUGCCAAUUGGUUCUUGCUUUCCAAUCUUUUUCAACUCCUUAAUUUCUUGAUUUGGUGAAUGCAGGAGAUGCCAUAUCUUUCAAUUUGAGGAAAAAGGAUACUUGAUAUGACUGAUUUCUGCAAACAAACAAACAAUGUGUGAAUGCAAAUCGUCUCCUGAAGCAUCAAGAUUGCCAAUGUCCUCAAAUGUACAAGUUCUUGAAGUGAACCUCGAAAAGAAUGAGAUAUUCAAGAUUGAUUCAUGAGGAGGGAAAUUGCGCAUCAUAAAAAAUGUUCCAGUUUAUAAGAGAAUUGAACAUGAUUUAUGCCGAUGAAAAGCCAGGCAUUGAGUCCAUUGGCGGGCGUUUGAACUUGAAUGAUUUCCCUGUUUACAAGUCUUUCGAAUUCAUUGAUAACUCUAAGGAGCUGAAAGGAUUCAUUCAGAAUAACAGUAUUAAAUUAAAAACUAACAGAAAGAAGGGGCAUGGAGUGCUCAGGAAUCGAAAUGGAUCUGAUGGUUUCAGGUCUUCGGACGAUUCAUCAAAUGGAACACGAUAUGCUAUGAGUUCCUCCAGUGAAUCAGAAGGAAGCAAAGGAAGGAAGAAGGUUUAUUUAAAAAGAGAUCUGCAGGACUAUGACAGUCCAGAGAUGGUUGCCUUCUUGGAUGAUAGCAGUUAUGACCUGUUCAAGGAUAUUUUGACAGACAAGGAAUCACUUUGCCAGGAUGAAGUUUUGACAGAAAAUUAUGAAUUGGGCCAUUAUAACUUCUCUUCCAUACUUAACUCUGACUCAGAAAGUAGCGACUCAACCAAAGAAACUCUGGAAAGGUUGUCAUGCAUUGCAAAUGAAUUGAAAUUCAUAGCAGAAGAUGACUGCAAAAAUGAGCGACAUAAUUCCAAAAGGUUCCUGACGGAAGAAGAAGAAAAAGAAGAAGAUGAUGAUGAUGAUUUCAAUGAACGGGAUGAUGUUUUGAUUGAUCAUCAUGCUAAAACGAUUGUACACGCAAUUCACCUAUCCGAAGAGGUAAAAGAUGACGACUGCAAAAAUGAGCAACAUGGUUACAGAAGGUUGAUAAUGGAAGAUGAAGAAGAUUUAGAAGGAAGACCUGUGAUUUCAAUUGAUAAUUCUGUUGAAAAGAUUGCACGAGCAAUUCAGUUAAUCAAAGGGGUUCAAAGGGAGGGGGAAGGAGCAUUGUCCAAACCUUUGUUAUCUUCCAUAACUGCAGCAGAGUGUAGCUGCCCAACAAGCGAUGCCGGCAUCCAAAGUGAGACAUCCAUGCAAGGUGCAGCAGAAAUUUGUGAACAGGUUCUUGAAACUGAAAGUAUGUCCUCAGGCCCCGAAAGCCUAAGAAUUUCAAGUGACGGAGAAUCUUUAGGCAGUUCCAAUGACGCUGAUCGUCCCUCAGGCCGGAUAGAACACUCAGGGGGUAGCAUCUCUCUUCCUUCAAGCAACAGCACUGCCAGCGCACAUUCUUUUGCUUUCCCCAUAUUGGCCACAGAAUGGCCUGCGAGCCCUGUAAGAAUUAAAGGAACUGGUGAAAUACGAUGGCCGGCAAGUACUGAUCCCCGGAGACAACUGCAUAGGCCCCGACGUUGGAAAGCGCUUCUUUGCUGUAAAUUCGUAAAAUGAGUUAGAAUUUUUCCCUCUUAUUUUGAGCGUUGGAGUUGUUAAGUAUAAUGCAAAGAAGUCAGGUUCUCUUUUCCA